AUGGAUGAAAGUUCAAGGCUUUGGGAUAUUUGUCAUGUACUCAAAUCUUCCAUUUCUGGAUUAGAGAACUAUUCUUCAGCUGGCUCGAAUAUAGCUACCUCGUUGGAUGGAUUCCAUCAUUUGACUCCUGAGGUUUCACAUCAGGUUAUUAGAGCAAUAAACAUUUGUCAAAGGGAGAUUCUAGGAUUGGAAGAGGAAAAUAAAAGCAUGGUGGAAACAAGAAUUCAGUCAUUGUCUCAAAGUCUAAACCAGAACAUCUCAUUGGAAUCCAAGCUAAACGAAUACAACGGCUUUCGAGGUGUUCUUUAUGCGAUGAGAAGAGUUAGUUCAUUACUCCUAAUGAUUUUGUUAAGUGGAGUUUCAUAUUGUUGGUCUUCAUCAUGCUUUGAUCAUCAAGAAUGUGAAGGCAACUUGGCUUGUGGAUCAAGUUUUAUGGUAUCAAUGGCAAGAUUGCAGCAAAAAGUAGCAAAUGAGAUAGAUAAUAGUAAUGUGGAGCCAGGGAUUUUGCUGCAUGAAUUCCAAGAAGCAAAAGUUGUUAUGGAGGAUUUGAAGAUGGAGUUGGAGAGAAUGGUAGUUUAUGAAGAAGAGUUUGAGAUUCAAGCAAAAGUUGAGAAGUUAAAAAGUUGCUUUGGAUUGUUGAAAUGUGGAGUUGAGAAUCUAAUAGGGAAAGUUGAUGAUUUCUUUGAUGAAAUUGUUGAAGGUAGGAAAAAGCUUUUGGACAUGUGCAGUGAUAAGUAG